GCGUCCGGAAGUGACGUAGGCACGGUUCAGGAAGCAGGAGCGUCAGGAGCUGCCUGAGAGGAGAAGAUGGCCAAGGUCACCUUUAAGGUCACGCUCACCUCAGACCCGCGGCUGCCUUACAAAGUACUGAGUGUGCCUGAAAGUACACCAUUUACUGCUGUCUUGAAGUUUGCUGCAGAAGAAUUCAAAGUGCCUGCAGCAACAAGUGCCAUCAUAACAAAUGAUGGAAUAGGGAUAAACCCUGCACAGACAGCUGGAAACGUCUUCCUUAAGCAUGGCUCAGAAUUACGGCUUAUUCCCAGAGAUCGUGUUGGGAAAUGUUAACAUGUGUACUUAUUAGAUAAGCUGUCAACUCCUGCCAAGAAAAGAGUGGCCUCAGAGGUUGGAUGGACUGCUUAGAAUUGAAUGACCCACAGAAAUUUUAUUGAAAGACUCCUAUAGAGAAUCGUCUUACGGAGUGGCUGGAUUUUCUUCUGAGGAAACAACUUUACAAAUGGAAGCUUAUUUCCAGUAUAUGGAUUGUCUUUGACUUGAUCCAACGGUUCCUUGCAAGUAUGGAAGGACCAGUUUGCACCAAAAGCUAUCCCAUUCACUAGGAUUGAGCAGACACUGUCAUGUGCAGUGGAAAUGUGUGCUGAGCUUCUUUCUCCAUUGAAGUAAACUGGGAAGUCUACUUCUGGGAUCUUCCCAUAUGCACUCUAAGGAGGUUAGAGCCUGGCAGCUGCCAUUUACAGCCAUAGCAGAUUGUUUGGAUAUGUAGAUGUGAUCAUGUGUGUAAGACCUAGUAACAUUAAAUACCUGAUCAUAAGGAGCCCAACUAAGUAAUAUCACUAUUAAUCAAGUAACAAAAUGGGAGAUGCUCCAGUGUUUGUUUCAGUUACGGAAACUUGUUUGGACUUGUAUCAGAAUUCCAGCUCAUUUUCCAUUCCAUUAAAAGAAAUCAUUUAAAGGC